GUAAAUAUUGCUUUUAAUGUAGUUUUUAAUAGUUAGGUAUUAUUUAAUAAACGGAUGUGAAACGAGUUAUUACGGCUUGGGUUACACCUAAAUAAUUUCCUACACGUAUACACUUGACUAAAUCCUACAAUCAUGGAUCAGCCUUUGCCAUUGAAGUUGUCCUCGUUGAGUGUGAUAUCGCAGAGCAAACUUGAGAGUAUUCUGGCUCAAUGUGGAGACAAGAAGGACCUGAUCAUCGAUCCCUCGCUGAUCAAACCACUGGAGAGGAUAUGCGGCGUCACGUGGCUACGACAAAAGGGUAUAGACAAAAUUUACAAAAUGGAGCCACAACUAGGGCCCACAUCAAAUACUAACAGGGUUUACCUCAUACCAGCAUCCACUGCCAAAUACAAAUGUGUUUUAGAUCAAAUAUCUUCACUUCUAAGUCAAAAUCCAUCAUUGGGAGAUUUGAAAUGCUUUCACAUAGUCAUAGUGCCCAAGGUGAUGUCUUCAUAUGACUCGGUGCUGGAGAGCCGAGGGCUCUACGGGAUUGUAAAGCUUUACUCAUUCUCAUGGGAACUAAUGGUCCUGGAUAAACAAAUAUUGAGUUUAGAAGUCCCAUUUUUAUACAAGCAGCUGUAUGUAGAACAAAACCACUCGCUUCUUUCAAGUAUCUCUAUGUCCUUAUGGAGUUUGUUUCAUGUAAUCGGCCGACCCAAAGCAGUAUUUUCUCUCGGAAAGAAAGCUGCUAAUGUCAUGGACAUGCUAGAAGUUUACAAUGAAAGUUAUGCAAGAGACUUCUUGAGUACUGACAGUUCUUCUGAAAUUGGUGCCCUGAUUGUGAUAGACCGAGAUCAAGACUAUGCUUCAAGUCUGCUGACUCCGGCCACCUAUAGUGGACUACUGAAUGAGCUAUUCACCAUCAAUUGUGGCCACCUGGAGCUUGAUGUUAAAGACACAAAGAUAAAUAAAGGAAAACUGCAUUUUGUCUUUGAGAAUGAGAAGUCUACUGGUAAAAAUACAGUUAUGACUCUGGAUAGCUCUGUAGAUACUUUAUAUGGUGAGAUCAAAUAUAGACACUUCUCCGAAGUUUUAAGUGUGCUUAGUUCUAAAGCAAAACUUUUGAAAAAUGAGGAUGUGAAAGCUCUCGGUAUACAGGAAAUAAAACAAUAUGUGCAGACGAAGCUGCAACAGAUCACCCAGUUCAAGCAGAAUCUAGUCAACCACGUGAUGGCGUGUGAGACCAUUAUAUCAGAGAUGAGCAACAAGUUUGAAGACCUCAAACUGACGGAAACAGAGAUGUUGAACAACAGAAACAAGAAGGCCAACUACAACUUUGUAGAUGAGACUUUCUGCACCGACGUUCACAUCCACAACAGUUUACGCCUCAUGUGUCUACUCAGCCUGACACAAGGGCUGUCAUACGAUGAGUAUAACAACCUAGUAACAAAAUACCUCCUAGCAUUUGGCCACAAGUUCAUGUAUGUGUUCAGCAAUUUGGUUAAUGCUGGCUUGUUGGUCCAACCAGCUACUCCGCGACUAUCCCUCAACAUCCCUAUAGGAAUACCGAACUUGAGCACCAUAACCAACUUGAGCGAUCACUUGACUAAGUGGCAGAAUACCUUUCAAACUACAGCUUACAAGUUGAAGCAGUUACCGUCACAGCCAGAGAAGGUUGGUGAGGCAUCCCCCAGUUACGUUUUCAAUGGAGGUUAUGUACCUCUUAUAGCCACACUUUGCAGUACCAUCUUAACUUCGGACUCUCUGCCUGACAUCCUGAACAAGUUGGCACCGUUAACUGAAUUAAAAGUCGGAGGAAAAAUACUGGAAAAGUUGAAGGAGAACAACGAGUCUUUGGACGAUAAACUAUCGAAUUUGAAGUUGAACAGCGAGCUAGAGUUUGGUUGUAAAGACGCUAAGAGUUUGUUGAAGAAUUUCAAGGGUGACCCGAGGGUUGGGAACAUUUUGCCGUUGAAGCCUAGAAGUGUUCUAGUGUAUGUGAUAGGGGGAGUGACGUAUGCAGAGGUGGCUGCUUGUGAUCUACUCCAGACCACUACAGACAGUAAAAUCUAUGUUGCAAGUGACUGCAUUACUUGUGGUAGUGAUAUCAUAGCUGCUAAUAUGUAGUACGGUAUCAUUUAUUGAUAUGUUAGGUAAAAUUACAUAGUAUUUAUUAAUUAUUAUAAAUAGUAUUUUUGUUUAACUCAAUAGGUAUUUUAUGUAGUCAAGUCAUAUUAAAAUGUAUAGAGGUGUUUGCAAAUAGGGUAUACUAAUCUGAUUUCAUUUCCGGGCUUAGAAAUAACAUACUGCACAUGUAGGUUUCGGCGUAUAUACCAUUUUUGCAACACCCUGUAUUUCGUAAAUGCACGAGCUCUACAGGUAAAUCUCAUUAAACUUUAACUCAAUUUGUAUUUUACUCACAGCAUUUUUGUAUUUUUGCAUUUGUAAAUAAAAUAUUUGCUAAUUUUUAUAAAGUU